CCCAUGGCUCUAGAGGAGCUGGGCAUCAGCCUGUCCAUGAUCGGCGUCGCUGGGACCAUCCUGAUCUGCGCCCUGCCCAUGUGGAAGGUGACGGCCUUCAUCGGCACGCACCUGGUGGUCAUGCAGGUGUUCUGGGAGGGCCUGUGGAUGACCUGUGUGAGCGAGUACACGGGUCAGCUGCAGUGCAAGCUCUACGACGCCCUGCUGGACCUGGCGCCCGACCUGCAGGCCGCUCGAGGCCUCAUCUGCAUCAGCCUGGUGCUGGGAUGUCUGGGAUUCCUCGUCUUCCUCCUGGGAGCCCGCUGCACCAACUGCCUGAGCCACCCGAGGAUAAAGGGCCGGGUGGUGCUGGGCUCCGGGGCCAUCUUCUGCCUGUCGUCGCUGACCACCAUCGUGGCCGUUUCCUGGACGGCCAACACCGUCAUCCGCGACUUCCACAACCCGCGGGUCCCCGAGGUGCUGAAGAGAGAGCUCGGAGCGGCCUUAUACAUCGGCUUCGUGACCUCUGGCCUGCUGUUCUGUGGGGGGGCCAUUCUGUGCACCAGCUGCCCGCCUCAGAGGUCCAGGUUCCCCUCCAGCGGGUACAUCCGGGCCAGGAGCCCCCCCCAGGGCAGCUAUGCCAUCAAAAACUAUGUCUGA